AUCCAGGAAGUUAACUCCCGCUGUUAUUCGGGAGUGCAACUCCCUUUUACGUACGGUGCCUUUUUACUUCCUAACGUCAACUAGCUGGAUUUUUCGAGGCGAAAUGGCCACGUUCAUUUCGGUCCCAUUAAAAAAGUCUGAGGAUGUGGAUCUGGUGAAACCAUUGUCAAAAUUUAUCACGUCAAUUUAUGCCGUAAGUGAAGACCAGACCGACUAUAUCCGUGCAGUGGAUGAGUUGAACAAGUUGCGUAAAAGUGCUCUGGGGAGGCCGCUGGACAAACACGAGAGGUCCUUGGAGAUUCUACUCAGGUACUAUGAUCAGCUUUGUGCUGCUGAACCAAAAUUCCCCUUCUCAGAAAACCAGCUGUGCUUGACAUUCACAUGGAAAGAUGCUUUUGAUAAAGGAUCUCUGUUUAGUGGCCCUGCUAAGCUGGCCCUGGCCAACGUCAGCUAUGAGAAGACGUGUGUGCUGUUCAAUGUGGGAGCUCUGGCUAGUCAGAUCGCGUCCGAACAGAACCUGGGCAAUGACGAGGGACGGAAAACAGCAGCAAAACUCUACCAGCUGGCCAGCGGCGCCUUUUGUCACAUCAGGGACACCGUUCUCUCAGCCCUGAGCCAGGAGCCCACUGUUGACAUCUCUCCGGACACCACCAGUGCACUGAGUCACAUCAUGCUGGCCCAAGCUCAGGAGGUGUUCUUCCUCAAAGCCACUGCAGACAGAAUGAAAAGUGCCAUCAUCGCAAAGCUUGCCAAUCAGGCUGCAGAUUUGUAUGGUGAAGCCUGCAGACAGUGCCAGUCCAAAGAGAAUGUACCCAAGGAGUUUUCCCCGAUCCUGGCAGCCAAGCACUGCAUCAUGCAGGUCUAUGCCGAGUACCACCAGUCCACCCUGGCUAAGCAGCAGCAAAAGUUUGGGGAGGAGAUUGCUCGGCUGCAGUAUGCAACAAGCCUGAUGAAAACAGUGACGUCGCGCUAUAAUGAGUAUGUCAACGUGAAGGAACUCUCAGACAAGAUCGCUCGGGCUUUGACGGCUGCAAAAAAAGAUAAUGACUUCAUCUACCAUGACCGUGUACCAGAAUCAAAGGAUCUGGAUCGCAUUGGAAAGGCUUCCCUGGUGAAGCCCACAGCCAUUCAGGUGCCCAUGAGCCAGAAGUUCACUGACCUGUUCCAGAAGAUGGUGCCCCUGGCUGUGCAGCAGUACUUGAGCGUGUACAACCAGAGAAAAGCAGAAAUUGUCAACCGCCUCAUCGGCACCAUGAGAGAGGCUAGCAGCCUCUGCAGUGGAGUGCUGGCCUCCCUGAAUCUUCCUGCUGCCCUAGAGGAUCUCUCAGGAGACUCCAUACCCCCAUCCAUCCUGGAGAAGUCCCGAUCCAUCAUCCAGCAGGGGGGGCAAGAGAGCAUCGAGCAACUCAUUAAAAACAUGCCAGACAUGCUGCAGAGGAACAAGGAGAUCCUGGACGAGUCGCUAAGAAUGCUGAAUGAGGAGGAGUCAACAGAUAGUGAACUCAGAACCAAUUUUGGCCAACAUUGGAUCAGGAAACCCUCUGGUGAACUUUACAAGCCUUUACGAACAGAGGGAAUGAACUUUCGCAGCCUUCUGGAUAAAGCGCUGCAGUCAGACAGUCUGCUGCGCGAGCGAUACGCCGUCCACAGCCCGAUGAUCGCCCUGCUCUGCAAGUCUGAACCUGAGCUCCGAGCUGCCAUCCCCUCUGCCAACCCUGCCAAGACCCUGCAGGGCAAUGAGGUGGUGGGCAACCUGCGGGCACUGUUGGACCAGCUGGACGAAAUGAAGAAAGAGCGAGGGCGAAUCGAGAGCGGCAUCAAAUCAGUAGAGUUCGACAUGACCGGAACAUUCCUGAGUGCCUUGGCACAGGGCAGCACCAUCGAUGAGGAGGCCCUGUCAACCCGUCAGUUGGACAACACCUACGGGGGAUACUCACAGGAGGUGCAAAAGAGCCUGAAGACCCAAGAGGAGCUGCUGGCCAAUGUGCAGACAUUGCAUCAGAAGUUCUCUGGUAUGAAGCAGACAAGUGCGGAGUCCAUUCAGAGGGAGGAGGUGAUGAAGAAACUGGCAUCAGCUUAUGACAGUUACAUGGAGAUGACCACCAACCUGCAGGAGGGCACCAAGUUCUACGGUGACCUCACAGUAAUCCUACUGAAAUUCCAGAACAACUGCAGCGACAUUGUUUUUGCACGCAAAACAGAGCUGGAUGAUUUACUGAAGGUGAUCCAGCAAACCCUUGCACAGGAGCCUAGUGCACCUUCCAUCCCCCCUGCCACAACAGACCAGGCCAGCACCACCACCACCACCACCACCACCACCAGCACCAGCCCCCCAAGCAGACCCAUUCCUGCACCCAGGACUGUGUUUUCACAGAACAAGCCCAGCCCCCCACCCAGGCCUCCACCACCAUCCAUCCCACAGGCAGCCAAAUCUCCACCUCCCUCCAGCAUCCCUCCUCCCCAAGCCAGCACCCCUACUGCCUCCAACCCUGACCCAGCCCAGGCCAGCUCCACCACAUCUGUGGAAACGCCUGGGUUGACAUCGCCAGCACAAGGGCCUCCAUACCCAUCAUAUCAGGGACACCCUGGGUUCUUCCCGAUGCCUAUGGGUUGGAGCCCCUUUGGCUAUGGUCAGUACAACAUGCCCUAUCUCCCCUAUCAGAGCCUAGGACAAGUUGGCUAUCCUGCAGCCACUCCACCACAGCCGCAAAAUCAGCCCAACUACCCCUAGGAGGAGCUUCUCAGGGACACAGGGAUAUAGACCCACUUCAGCUAAAACUACACUGACCUUCUAAUACUUGUACAAUUUCCCCCCUUGUGUUGUUUUUGGUUUCUCUUCCUGUUGAAAACAAUGUAUCCAGUAUAUUGUUGCUUUUGUAUGGUCUUAUCCCAGCUUCACUGGAAAGAAAAGGUGAAGCUUGGUGUUGGGAAAUACCAUUGAUAGCAAAAGCCAAUACUGUCUUUAAGCACAACAAACAAAUCCUUCCUACGUGGUGAAUUCUAACAUGCUCUAUUUAAAUGUUUUCUCACAUUUGUAAUCUCCUUUGGGGCCAGAUAUGGAAGUUUACUCUGCUUUUCAGCUGCAGCUUACUUUCCUAUCGGUGGUUUAAUAUUCAACCCAUGCCAUGUAUAUCACGUGGUAAACAAGAAUUUCAUUAAAAUGUUGUAUUUAACAUAUAUUGUGCAUCUUUUCCUGUUUUGUGUGACUAAAAUCACAGCAUUCAGUAGUUUCUUGUGAUGACAGGUAUGUGUUAAACGUGCAACUUCCUGUUCAGGAGAGUGCAGGCAUUUUCUUCAUUUUGGACCAUAAUCCAAUAGGAGUUGUGCAGAAGAAACUUUAUUUGUCCCUGGCAAGACUCCAGGGUCUGAUUGAUCAGUCACUCUCUGGGGCACUCAGUUUUCCAGACUACCAGACCAUGGUGCACAUCCACAGGGAAUAUUGCCUUAAAUCCAUCAUUUGGGCACAGUGAUGUACACAUUUAUCAGUGAAUGGCACAAUAGUUAUGUCUCACAAGAUGCCUUGGAAUUGAUUUCUAUGGUUAGCCGGGCGUGUAUUAAUGAACAGAAAAUCCAUGUGUAUUCAUUAUGAUUUGUUAUCCCAAUAAAGAGGCAAUGUAUGAACGAUAAAACAUUA